AUGGAGUGGAAGAGAAAUUUAGGCUUCUCCGAACGAUUGACGGCUAUUCAAUCACUUACAACUGCCUUCCAGCGAGCUUCAUCCUCCGCUGCAUUCACGGAGGCCCAAGCCCAGGCGAGGAAAUGUGAAAACGAAGCUUAUGAUCAAGCUUCGUCGCGUGAAGAAUAUGAAAGGCUUUGCCAACAAGCGAUUGACGCAGCAGAGGCCAUCGACUCGGUAGCCCUUAUCGAUGACUGUCAAGAUCAGCUUCAAGAGGAGCCAGACAAGUCUGAUCCAGGUCAUGGCGAGGUGAUUGGUCCAUACCAGUCGUGCUUCCAUCAUUUUGAUGGCCUUCACUCGACUGUCUACAGAUCGCGGCGAGCGGACAACACCGUCGUCGCGCUCAAAGUACUUAUCCCACACAUGCUGGCGCCUCCACACCACGCCACACGUGAGAUUCAGCUGCUGCGUGAUGCAGCCCAUACCCAUGUGAUUCCAUUACUCGACACACUCAAGCUAGACGGAGGACGCCUGGCCUUGGUCUUCCCCUUCAUGAAGCAUGAUUUCGAGCAAUUGCUCCGCCGGGGCGCAUUGACGGCGACACAGACAAGAUCUCACUUGAAAGACAUGUUUCGUGCCUUGGCACAUAUACAUCAACUGGGGAUCAUACAUCGCGAUAUCAAACCAUCCAACAUCCUCAUGGACUCUCCCGAUGGGCCCGCUUACCUGGCAGAUUUUGGCAUCGGAUGGAAGGAGGGAACUAGAGACUCGGAACCAGCCGAUGAGAAGAUCACAGAUGUAGGGACCACCUGCUACCGGUCACCGGAGAUUCUUUUCGGUUUCAAGGGCUACGGAAACAGCCUUGAUCUUUGGGCGGCUGGCUGUGUCGUGGCCGAGGCCUUGUCCGUGGGACAUCCUCAACUGUUCGACUCGGGACCAGUUGGUAGUGAUCUCUCCCUUAUUCAGUCAAUCUUCCUUACAUUGGGCACUCCGGACGAGAACACUUGGCCGGAAACAAAGUCUCUUCCUGAUUGGGGAAAGAUAGAGUUCAAGAGAUAUCCCGCCAAACAGUGGGGCGAAAUCCUCAAAGGAGCCUCGUCCAAGGGGCGUGACUUGGUCAGCAAACUUGUCCGAUAUGAAAGCUGCGAGCGACUCUCUGCUGAAGAGGCGCUAAACCACCCCUACUUCUCAAAUUCCUGA